UCCCAUCCUCUUGUCCAUUGUUGUCAUACUGAAUUUCAGUUCAAUAACUCGAAAUUCAUCAAGACAGUAGACACAACAAUAAGAAGAAAAAUAAUAUAUUAUCCUAGUUAUCAUCAAGAGUGAUGAUCAUAAUUCAUCAAGAACAACAUAGAAUGAUGAUGCCAAAUAAUAACUCUGAAACGUGUUCAUCACCUUCUAAUAAUAAUAAAGAAAUAAUGGGGAAACGUUUGAGGUACGAAGAGAACGCAGGGUUUCAGAAGUUCAAAGGCGUUGUUCCUCAGCAAAACGGGCAUUGGGGAGCACAAAUAUACGCAAACCACCAGAGAAUAUGGCUGGGAACAUUCAAGACGGAAAGAGAAGCCGCCAUGGCUUACGACAGCGCCACCAUCAAGCUAAGAAGCGGCGAAAGCCACAGAAACUUCCCGUGGAACGAUCAAACCGUUCAGGAGCCUUAUUUCCAGAGCUAUUACAGCACGGAAACUGUUCUUACCAUGAUCAGAGACGGUACAUAUCCCUCCAAAUUUACAUCAUUUCUUCAAAAUCAAACCCAUAAAGAAGAAGCCACAGGAACAAUUUAUUCCCAUAAUACGCGCAUCAAGAUUCGAGGAGGAGAACAGUUUUCUUGCACGCAACUGUUUCAGAAAGAAUUAACGCCCAGCGACGUUGGGAAACUGAACAGGCUUGUUAUUCCAAAGAAACAUGCAGUUACGUAUUUGCCCUUUGUUGAUGGAAAUAACAAUAAUAAUAAUAAUGCAAUGGAAGCAGGGGAAUUCGGCGGCGGCGGCGGCAGCGGCGUUGAUGUGGAGGUUAUGUUUUACGAUAAGUUGAUGAGAUCGUGGAAAUUCAGGUACUGCUAUUGGAAGAGUAGCCAGAGUUAUGUGUUCACGAGAGGGUGGAACCGUUUCGUGAAGGACAAGAAACUCAAGGCUAAAGACGUCAUUGCAUUUUACAUGUGCGAGCCUGUGAAUAAUGAAGUUCAUCAGCACCGUCUGUUUGGGUUGAUCGAUGUGAUUUAUAAUAAUACGGAAAAUGUUGAGACCACAAAACGAGAGGUAAUUGGGAAGAGUACUACUAGGUUAGCUUGCAGUGAAGUAGUUGUAGAAGAUAUGGAAGAAGAAGAUGAAGACAGAGAAGAAGAAGAAGAACAUAAAGUAGUAGGGAGCAAUAAUAAUAAUAAUAAUGUUGAUGGAAUGGAGUUGAAUCCACCACACAAAGGUGUGAAGCUAUUUGGCGUAUCUAUCAACUGAAAUAAUUAGUGUUAAUUAAAAUGUUAAAAAAAUAUAUACUAAUUACCUAUCAUGUAUAUAUACAAUAAUGCUGAGGAGGAUGUGCAUCUCCAAUGAGAAUUGCUUCUUGAAUCCAUUCUUACUCUUUAGGAAAGCAAUCCAAAAC